UUCACAUAGGGUCCAGUCAGAGUACACUGUAUUCUGUACCUAAUGAAAUUACAGAUGGGACAAGCAAAGGGGACAAUAGAAAAAAUAUAACGUUAAGCAAUGCAUCUUCAAUGAAGACAAAUUCAAAAGGAACAUAUUGUGGUAUGGGAUUAUUUUUUGUUACUCCUGUGGAAUAAUGGAAUUUCGUUUUUUAUACAUUUAUGGUGAUAUGGAGUAAAAGUCCGCCAUAUUCACUCACCACACCCGGAGUUCAACUAUUGGAGGCCUACCUCCUCGACCCCAAAAGUAAGUGUUAUCAAGAGAGUCAUGACUCUGGGCUCCGUAGGGGCCUGUUGCCUCAGCGAAGAGGGAAAGGAGGCUCGACGGAUCAACGACGAGAUCGAAAGACAGCUUCGCCGGGACAAGAAAGACUCGCGCCGCGAGUUUAAGCUGUUGCUUCUCGGGACUGGUGAGAGUGGGAAGAGCACCUUCAUCAAGCAGAUGAGGAUCAUCCAUGGGACGGGCUACUCCGAGGAGGACAAGCGAGGCUUCACCAAGCUGGUGUACCAGAACAUCUUCACUGCCAUGCAGUCCAUGAUCCAUGCUAUGGAGACCCUCCAAAUCCCUUACAAGUGUGAAGACAACCAGGGCCAUGCAAAUAUUGUCAUUGAAGUGGAUGUAGAGAAGGUCACAAUGUUUACAAAUCCGUAUGUUGACGCCAUUAAGAGUCUAUGGAAUGACCCAGGGAUCCAGGAAUGCUACGAUCGGAAGAGGGAAUACCAGCUCUCAGACUCUGCCAAAUACUACUUGAAUGCACUGGACCGUAUAGCUGAGUCAUCUUAUGUCCCGACCCAGCAAGACGUGCUCAGGGUCAGGGUCCCUACCACAGGCAUCAUAGAGUACCCCUUUGACCUCCAGAGUGUGGUCUUCAGAAUGGUGGAUGUGGGUGGCCAGAGGUCCGAGAGGCGGAAAUGGAUCCACUGCUUUGAGAAUGUCACCUCCAUCAUGUUCCUGGUGGCUCUCAGUGAAUACGACCAGGUCCUGGUAGAAUCUGACAAUGAGAAUCGAAUGGAGGAAAGCAAAGCAUUGUUCAGGACAAUAAUAACCUACCCGUGGUUUAAAGAUUCCUCAAUCAUUCUAUUCUUGAAUAAGAUUGACUUAAUGCAGGAGAAAAUCUUGUUCUCACAUCUGGUGGAUUACUUCCCUGAAUAUGAUGGGCCCCAGCGGGACCCACAGGCAGGAAGAGAAUUCAUCUUGAAGAUGUUUGUGGACCUGAAUCCAGAUUGCGAUAAAAUCUACUCCCACUUCACCUGUGCCACCGACACGGAGAACAUUCGAUUUGUCUUUGCCGCCGUCAAGGACUUCAUUCUGCAGCUGAAUCUGAAGGAGUACAACCUGGUUUAAAGACUACAGCUGAAUCUGAAGUAGUACAACCUGGUUUAAAGGCUCCAGCUGAAUCUGAAGUAGUACAACCUGGUUUAAAGGCUACAUCUGAAUCUGAAGUAGUACAACCUGGUUUAAAAGCUACAGAUGAAUCUGAAGUAGUACAACCUGGUUUAAAGGCUCCAGCUGAAUCUGAAGGAGUACAACCUGGUUUAAAGGCUACAGCUGAAUCUUAAGUAGGUACAACCUGGUUUAAAGGCUCCAGCUGAAUCUGAAGGAGUACAACCUGUUUUAAAGGCUCCAGCUGAAUCUGGUAGUACAACUUGGAUUAAAGAAUCCAGCUGAAUUUUACGGAGUACAACCUGGUUUAAAGACUCUAGCCGACCGCAGUUACAGACUCUUUAAUGCAAUGUGAAGGAGUACAACCUUGUUUAAAGAUUCCAGCCCACCGCAGUUACAGACUCCAAAAGCUGCAGCCAGAGACCAGGGCCUGGAGCCAUAGUACAGAUAGACUACUUCAGUAUGUCUGGUUGUCUUUCACUAUGGUGAAACCCUACAGAGAAUUUACAUAAAUGACUGUAUUAUUUCAACUGUUCACCAAUGCAUUAUUUUUUUGUUUAUGGGUAUCUUUUGAUUUUGUUUACGAGGUGCAUCGUGAUGAUGAAUAUCACCGUGCCUUUUUGAGGAUAGAGGAUUCUGGUGUACAUUGAGAGUUAUUGAGAACUCUUUGUAAACCGUUUAAAACACAUUAUAACACAUUUCAUCAGAUGAGAGUUAAAAAGUGCUUUUAUGUGCCUAGUGUCUCUCUGAGGACUGUUGACCGACGGCUCUCUUGUCACAGAAAGUCUGGUGGACAUUUAGAUAACUGCUAUGAAUCACAUCACAUUACAUCCUCCAGCGGGUCAUAGUCACACUAGUGUUUCACCUAUAUGCAUUUAGCAGGGGUGCAUUGCCACUACAUAAAACAAUGUAGAUGUAUGCCCUCCCCACCUCACGCAGAAGGACCCCAUGAAGGCCCCAAACACUGCACAGUCUAUAAUGUGUUUUUUAUAUUGAGACGUGGUUUAAAUACAUUGUUUCCGUAUUUAAAAUGAGUAGUCAUUCUCUAGGUCAGAGGAUAGAAGAAACAGUCAUAAUCAUCACCUAGAACACGUAAACUAGUAAACAGCUAUUAUUUGCACAGUUGACACAUUUUGUUGUUUUUCUAUUGGUGUAUAGCUAAGUGUUGCCAAAUUAAUAUUACCUCUAUUGAUUGAACACCCUCUACAAAAGGGUGAAAUCUGACGCUGUACCAUCAAAUUUCAGCCAAAACGCAUUUGACUAUCAACACUUUUCAGUUGUGAUACUGGAUAUGUCAGCUACCAGUGUUAUAAAAUAAGCAUAUUAGCUCCCACUAAACAGUGCAUCUUGAUGCUGUUCCUCAUCCAAUGAGGGAUUGUUAUCAUAUUUACACAAGGUCUAUCGUUGAUACAUAACAUCUGCCUUUUGACAGUCCUUUGUUUUCUCAGUGGAGAUGUACUGUAUUGCUUUGGCACAGUUUCAGUUUAGGGAUUUUAAACUUUAAUGAGUUAUCGAAUCACUCUCUGGUUUCAAGAUUAUUUCUGAUAAGGGCUGAAAAUGAUUCCCCAUAUGUAGUAUAUGUCUCCUUGCACUUUGUAAAUACAAACUGAUACAGUGAUUUUCUGUUUUAAGGUCCUGUAAAAUGAAAAGUGUUGCAAUUGUUACCUGCUGAAUGAGAAUGUUGGGUCCAAUGACCUGCUUUGUACACAGGCAUUCAUUUCUUGAACUCAUUUUUUGAAUCAUAAAUAUGUAAUUUGAGAGUAAAAAUAAGAACUUACAUUUUUAUAUAAAUUAAAGAACUAAUCAAGGUUUUCGAUUUGUGUCAAUCUUCACACACCCUGACGUCAUGUGCCAUUUCAAAGUCUCGAUUGACAAUAAAGCAUAUAUAUUUCACAUUUAUGUCAAAUUAUCUUCGGAGCAAUUUUGUCCAUGUUUUGAAAUUAGGAGUGACGGAAUAAAUCAUUACAAUUUA